GCCAUUUUCAUCAUUGGAAAUCUUAAUUUUCAAGAACAUGUCAGCAUGGAAGCAAUGGCACUCAAUGCAAACUGAAGAUGCAGCAACAUAUGGAAAGCUCAAAACACUUGAGAUUAAACAUUGUGAUGAGCUCAUUGGGGAUUUGCCUCGCUUCCUUCCUUCAUUAACAAAGAUUAAAAUUGAUGCAGAUAAGCAGUGUGCUUUAAAUAUCCCAAGAUUACCUUGUGUCACAGAAAUGAGAAUUAAAAAAUUGGAAAAUGUGGAAUCAUUGUACGAGGCAAUAAAGGCAAUGAAUCCUUCUUCUUCGACUGGAAGUUUGCUUACCACUCUCACUCCUCUUCAGUCACUUACUUUGAGUAACUGUGGGUCAUCCUUUAGAUCCUUCCAUAUGGAUUUAUUUCCCACUCUCCGAACUCUUAAAAUAUACAACUGCGAUUACUUUGAAGCCCUCUCAAUGUCCAAUGGUCAAUGUCGGGAACUAACUUCUCUGUCUAUCUAUCGGUGUUGUAGCUUUGUGUCUUUCCCAAAUGGUGGACUUAUUGCUCCCAAACUGAGAGAAUUUUGGAUUUCUUUUUGCUAUAAAUUGAAGUGGUUGCCUGAGAAGAUGACUUCCCUCUCAUCUUUGAAAGUUUUGGCAAUCAGAGGUUGUCUGUUGGUAGAGACUAUUCCUGAAGGUGGUCUGCCCAUUAGUUUGUCUACACUUGGGAUAAACUAUCAUCAACUUUUGAGGAUAAAAUGGAAUUGGCAAACAUUACCUAAUCUCAGGGAUGUUUCAGUUCACGGAGAUGAAGAAGAUUUGGAAUCAUUUCCGGAGGAAGGACUGCUGCCUGACACUGUCACCUCUCUUUCUAUCCAUACAUUUCCAAAACUUAGAGGCCUGGACAAAAAUGGGCUGAGUCAACUCACCUCCUUGCAACAACUUACCAUCUGGUCGUGCCCUGAGUUGCAGACAUUAUCAGAAGAAGGGUUUCCAACAUCCCUCAGCUCUUUGAGAAUAAUUGGUUGUCCUCUGCUGAAGAAAAUUUACGACACAAAGGACAGUGAGAAUAAGGAGUACUGGAGAAAGAUUAGUCAUAUACCACAUGUCGAAUUUUGAUUGAGCUUGCAUUUACCAUACGUCACAUCCCAAUCUUUCGCACAACUACUCUGAUUGUUAAAUCAAAUAAUUGAGAAUUACUAUGAGAGCUACAACUGUUGAAAUCCAUAUCAGUUCAGAAUGGACCAAAAUAUCAAAAUGGGAACUCAGAGAAGAAGUUCUCCUAAGGAAGUCUGGGAUUGAAUAUCAUAUUGAUCCUUAAGCAGCCCAAACACAGGUGUUAGAGUCCAUGUUUCUGCCUAAUUACUCAAAUGAUAAUUUCUAUGCGUAGUCAUUUUGCUGAAGUGAGAGUUAGGUUGUAGAGUCCCAGUAGCUGUGCUGUUGCUAGAGAAGAUGGUUCUUCUGGCCCCUCUUAUAUGCAAUGAGAACAAAGUUAGGUGAACAGUUGAGAUUGAGUUUCAACCUUAGUUGCAAUCCGAUCCGAUCCGAUCUAUAUAUAUUUUUAUAAUUCUUUGUUGAAUGUGGAAAGUGGUGUAAAAUCUGCUCUUCUUAUAGCUAAGAUGAGAUCUAUUGUUAAAUCCAAUAGAGACAUCAUCAUGUGAGGUGAGGAGCAAUUGAUUUGAGAUACUUGAUAGCUAUGUUCUUUUGGCAGUUGGUUCAUUUAACCUCAAAAAUACCUCCACCGACACAAACUACUAUAAAUAAAGUAAAAAAAAAGAAAAGAUCAAAACUGAUAAACUGAUAGAUUACUAAUUUUAGGCAUUCUAUGGUGGUGAUAUUUUGUAAGCCAGAAACUCGUACAUUAUAGAAUGCUUCAAAGCUCCUCCCUUUGAUUUUUCUUGUCUCUUUCAUGUUGUGGAUGCUAUCUCUUUCCUGCAUCAGAUUCAGAUAGACAUUGGGAAUAACUAAAACUGAAAAGCAUGCAUGAUUUGGCAGAAGGUGUCAACCAAGAUUGAAAAUUUUACUUACCUUAAUCAUUGAUGAUGAAGUAGUAGUAAUCACAAGGAUAGGAUGUUUCAUAUCAAAUAUUAUUGAUCCUCAUAUCUAAUACAAACUAGUAAACAUCAAACAGAGAGUACAAAAGAUUGGGAGACACAUGAAUUAGUGUCCUUGUAAUUUUUUCAGACAGAGUAAUUUUUGUCCAUGCCCAUUUCUUCACUAGCAGGAUUCCUUGCUGACUAUGAACAUAAAAAGCACCAAAUAAAAAAACAGCUUUGGAUCGUUAAUCACUUUUCGUGGAUCAAAACGCAAAGACAAAUCUCCUGUGACGGACCAAAUUCGAAUGCUCUCUUCUCUGUCUGAGGAAGAGAGAGAUUUCAUUUCAUUUCAUCUCAGCAUACAUUACAUUUCUUUGGAGCUCAGUCACACACAGGAUCCAUUAAUGUGGAGCUCGCUGAAGAAUCCUAUCCUUCUCUUGCAGCAUCGCUCACACAGCUGAACCUCCAAGACAUAGUUCAAGAUGAUGGUUGGUUGGAACCAUCUUAUUCACAAGGAAAUAAUCGAUCCCAUGCGUGAGUUUCGUAAGGAGCUACUUACGAAAUCAGCCAACUUUAUCAACCAGAAGUAAGUUUAGUAAAACAUUGGUAAAUUUAGCUACUUCUUAUUUAUGUAUAUAUGUAUAGACACAUGUUAAAUUGCACUGUAUUGAGUAUCUUGCUCAGUUUUUCAUCAUUCUAGUUUAAUCUGCUAUGCUAAAGA